AACAAAAACAAUCCGCCCGGGCGUCCAUCUUGAAUACUGUAAGCCAACGGUUACUGACAGCAACGGAGAGGGAAAUAGCGAUAAAUUGAGUUCCGACCGCUCUUAAAAGUCCGCCGACUGCGAACACCGGGACAAUACAUUUUGAAGGAUUACAUUUAGUGUUCACGUCUGUCAUAUCCGUCUCCUUUUUUGCGUCAUAUUCCCGACGGGGCUGAUGAAGUUAUUUCGGAGGCUGUACGUGCUAACGUUAAGCUUUAUCCAGGCGUCGACUUGUCUUAGUCUGAACGACUGUUCGGUUUAACUACCUACCUUUGCAGUUCCGGGAAAGCUUUGCGAGGUCGCUAAUUGCAGGUUUGAGUCAUUUACACCCGAAGCGAAUGUGGAUAUACCGCGUUGGCCAUAUUUAAGUCCUUCACUGUCAACUUGAGCUCGCGCGUGCGCUAAACCGUGCGCGUGACCCCAUUUAUUUCACUUUAUCUAUGAUCUCUUGUACUACAUACAUUGUAUUUAAACAUUAAUCGAAUUAAGCGUGAUGUGGAAACAUCGUUUGGCGAUGUUAAUUUCAUUUUUAUCCCCGUAGACGUGCAUGGAUUUAGUGUACUGCCAGUGAGGUGGGAGUGAACUGGAGGCAUUGCACUUCUUGAGAUAUUACGUUAGUUCAUUUGCAUUAAUAAUCAGCAGUAUCUUUAUAUAUGUUGAUGGCGGGUUCUAUGCAAAGCUUGUCCAGUUGGUCUGAUUAUUGGCAAUGGGAGCUGGCCCAUUUACUGAACGGCUUUAUUGAACGGACUCGUUUAUUCUGAGCGCGCGACAGUGCAACAUUGUGUAGAUACAGUAUUCGUACGCGUCGGAAUUUCCUCGUUAUUGGCAUGGCUUUUAAGGCAAAUUGCAUGGACAGCCAUAGUUGACUUUAUUUCUAAAAGCUUGUCAGCUUUGAAUCUCGUGGACACUUUGAUGCCGCUUCUCACUCGCUGAAUCCGAGGACUAUAAGUUGGCAUUGGAUUUGUGCAUCUGUCACUGACUCGGUGACAUGGAUGUGUUUCACUGACUGCUUAUCAGUAGUUUGAGGGGAAACUUGAAUGCAAAGACUCCUGGAUUUUGUAGGACAAGACAGAAGAGUGAAAAAAUGGGACCUGCAACAAAGCUGGCAUUCGGAGUGUUCCUCAUCUCGUGCUCCUCAGGUGCCAUUCUCGGCCGCUCAGAAACACAAAAGUGUGUGUUCUACAACUACAACCCCAGCUUGGAGAACCGAGGAAACCGCAGCGGCAUUGAGCCUUGCGUGGGAGACAAGGACAAGAGGCUUCAUUGCUUCGCAACUUGGCGAAAUGUGUCAGGAACGGUUGAAAUAGUAAAGCAAGGCUGCUGGCUUGAUGAUGUCAACUGCUAUGACAGCACUGAGUGUGUGGAGAAAAAGGAGGACCCUGAUGUGUUCUUCUGCUGCUGCGAGGGCAAUAUGUGCAACGAGAAGUUCUUCUACAAUCCCGACACGCAGACAGUUCAGAGUAAGGCUCCAUUCAGCGACACAAACAGCGACACAAAAGUCUUUAAGGCGACAUCGAACCCUUUCACCCAGAAGCCGCCGCUGUUCAGUACCCUUCUGUACUCCAUCGUGCCCAUCAUGGGCAUUGCAGCCAUUGUCCUGCUCUCCUUCUGGAUGUAUCGGCAUCAUAAGCUGGCAUAUCCUCCUGUUCUGGUGCCUACCCAGGAUCCUGGACCAAUGCCGCCAUCUCCCACCCUGGUCCAGAAGCCAUUGCAGUUGUUGGAAAUCAAAGCUAGGGGGCGCUUUGGCUGUGUGUGGAAGGCUCAGCUGCUCAAUGACUAUGUAGCAGUGAAGAUUUUCCCCAUUCAGGACAAACUGUCUUGGCAGAACGAGUAUGACAUUUACAAUGUCCCCGGCAUGAGGCAUGAAAACAUCCUUCAGUUCAUCGGGGCCGAGAAGAGAGGAAGCAACCUAGACAUUGAGCUGUGGCUCAUCACGGCUUACCAUGAGAAGAGCUCUCUGACGGAUUACCUGAAGGCCAACGUAGUGACGUGGAACGAGCUGUGCCACAUCGCUCAGACCAUGGCUCGAGGACUGGCUUACUUGCACUCUGACUUUCCAGGACACCGAGAUGGUCACAAACCGGCCAUCGCACACAGAGAUUUUAAGAGCAAGAAUGUAUUGCUGAAGACAAACCUGACAGCCUGCAUAGCUGAUUUUGGAUUGGCUUUGAAGUUUGAGGCUGGGAAGUCAGCCGGGGACACGCAUGGGCAGGUGGGAACCAGGCGUUAUAUGGCGCCAGAGGUGUUGGAGGGGGCGAUUAACUUCCAGCGGGACGCUUUUCUCAGGAUAGACAUGUAUGCGGUGGGGCUGGUGUUGUGGGAGCUGGCGGCCCGCUGCACUGCUUCUGACGGUCCAGUUGACGAGUACAUGCUUCCGUUCGAGGAGGAGGUGGGCCAACAUCCCACUCUAGAGGACAUGCAGGAGGUGGUGGUCCAUAAAAAGCUUCGGCCCACUCUCAGGGAGUGCUGGCAGAAACAUCCGGGUCUGGCCAUGCUGUGCGAGACUAUAGAAGAGUGUUGGGAUCACGAAGCCGAGGCGCGUCUCUCUGCGGGCUGCGUGGAGGAGCGUGUGGUCCAGAUGCAGAGGCAGACCAGCAUCUCUGCCCCAGAGGAAAUAGUCACCGUUGUAACAAUGGUGACCAACGUGGACUAUCCCCCAAAGGAGUCUAGUCUAUGACUAGAGGAUAUCAGCAUGUGAAUUGUGGGCUGACCGAACAGAAAAGAUGCGUCGGGGAUGGUGGUUGACUGCUCUUCUGACGGCUGGCUUCAGACAUGCUGGAUGAUUGUCCUGUACUUGCAGUUGGAACAAAUGCAGACCGUGCAUUUUGCGCCGAAUCUGGGCUUUAUCUGGAGCCAGCUGCGUUUAUGUAUGUGUGUGUAUAUAUGAACUAUUACCACGGGCCGCUCCGGUAAUGACGAACGGAUUAUAAGCUGACAGCAAAAGAAGCUGUCGUUUUCUCUUCUUGGAGAAGAAACUUUCCCGUUCAAGGAGCAAACGAGACUCGUCCUCCGCACAGCGCUCGUGUCAUUUCAGUAUAAAAAAGGGCAACGUCCAUGUAAAAAAAAAAAAAAAAGAGACACAUAUUUAAUGUGUUCAUAUGAAUGACUAUUGUAAUGCCAAUAAGAAACAGCUUUUUGAAUGUGUAGUGUGACGCUGCUGUACAGAUAUCAACAGAAAGGGUGACGAUACAACCCAAAUCAACACGUGUUUCCUCUGAAAGCUUUCAGAGUUUCUGUCAGAUAACCACCAACCUCUCGACAAGGUAUACCUCAGUUUCUCAUCCUAAUAAUACGUUUGUUUUGUAACACUAUAUGAUAUAAACAAAAGAGGCUUUUCGAUGACCUCCAUUUGGCACGGAAGCUUUUUAAAUACGGGGAAAACUUUUUUUAUAUGACAGAUUAUGCCAAGAAAUGAUGGCCAUUCAUAAACCAGUGUUCUGCCUUCUUUCUUUUAGUCGUUCUCUGUGUUGCCCUGCUGUUUAAAAUGUGAUACUUUUUUUCUUUUUCUUUUCUUUUUAGCAUUGUGACGGUUUGUCGAAACAAAUUUUGACCUUUAUCGAGACCUGUUGAGAAGAAAGCAAAUCCCUGAAAAUAUGAAUUUUGUGAAAAUAAUACAGAAGCACUUACCAAUAUAGGUUUGCGGUGUCCUCACAACAUUGACGUAUGUGCAUGCCUUGUGUUUUCUUUUCCUUCGUUUUUUAUUUCUAAUUUCAAACCUCCAUCAUGUGGAGCUUGUGCAUGAGAUCCCAUUAGCAGUCAUGGACAACCCCCUUCAUUAUUUGUUCAUCUGAAGUAUUUCCUGUAUUCGGGGCGUCACUCUUUUAGUUUCAUUUCCAUUUGGAAUCCCCCAAUCCUGGUCUUCUGCAUUCUCUCUCUCUCUGCUUUUAUUGUGCUGCGGGUAGAAGACCGGCCUCAUGCGCUGCAUUCAAACCAGCCUCCUCAUGAAGCCUGAGCUAACGAGAGACACGUCAAACUGGUUUCAGAUCAGCAGCAAGGCCACCUUCUACACACUUCUACAAGAACUGUAUCUCAGUAUGUCUCAGGAAGCGUUUCCCUUUGCUUUGAGCCCUCCGGUGCCAUUCUGGUGACCCUUGUUGUAUUAUGUAUGCAAGGGCCCUUGAUAUAACACCUUAUUAGUGUGGUCAUAUUAUGUGCAAUAACAUCAUUAGCAGGGACUGUUUCACAACUCACUGGCCACUUCCAGUGUGGUAAAAAUACAAGCGCCUAGCAAGUUGCUUAGACCGUAAUGUACAUCACAAACUGAAGUCGACGUCAGGCUUACGACAUGCUAUGCAUAUGUUUUGACGCCCAGCAGUCUGAGAGUAUUAAGCUAAUAAUAUGCUGUAACGGGGACCGAACACAUGCAGUAACUUUCUGCCGACAGCCUUUCAAAUCAAGAGUGUUUUCUGCUGCUGCUCUUAGGCUUUGUUCACACUGUAUUUCAAUCCGGUUUGAUCUGAUGUGUUUCAGUCUUUGGGAUCCACUGUCAUUUGGAGAGAGUUUGUUCAGACAGUAGGGAGUCAGUAUGAGUCAUUACAAAUCAUUUUUAAAAUAGGUUUGAAAUCUGAUCUGAGCGUUCACACUGAAUCUGAUUUUAAUCUGAAUUCAAACCACUUAUUAAUAUGAUUUUUGAAUGGGGUUUGUAAAAAAUUGGAUUUGUUUUCCGUACAAGUUGACUUGUAAACAACUAAACUGGUUUGAAUCUGAUCUGAAUUUGUAUCUCCGCUGCCUGUCUGAAUGGAUCCUGAAAUAAGAUUCAGUAGUUCAUUUCGCUUUCAGUAUUACAGUCAUCUCGCUGUCAUCAAUGAGAUUUGAAUUCACAAAUCUGAUUUCAAACCACUUAUGCAUUUCUGGAUUUGUAAUUUGUUGAGACAACAACUAAACUCAUUUGAAUCCUAAACUGAAUCAGCUUCAUCCUGCCUGUCUGAACAAAUAUAAUCCGCUUACUCUUAUUUCCACACGUUUUGCUUUCGAUAUUACAAUCAUGCAUCAUCCUGAAUGGUGAAAAAAUGAACUGAGAUCUGAUCUGACCAUUCAGACUCAACAAGUGUUUGUUUUUGUAAAUCUGAUUUCAGACCACAUUCAGAUCUGCUUUGAAUCAAAUUCGUGAAUCUGUUUGUUUUUUCAUCCAUUCAGACUUUGACCAUCUGAAACUGCUUUGAGUUCGAUACAGUGUUGAAUUUCUGUUGCCUGUCUGAACAAAUCCUGAUUCAGUGGCUCGUCUGGAUUCACUUUGCUUUCAUGAUGCCGCAUGUGAUGCAUUUGACAAUGUUCAGGUUCAUACAACUGUAUGCAAUCAAGCCCUUUCAAUGAAAGUUCUCCCUCUCUUUCUCUCCCUCUCUCUACUGUAGCAUCUCUCUCUCUUUCAGCCAGCUCUUUCAGAUCGAUUUCAUCUAACUAACACAAGGGCCUGCUCCACCUCUGGACUCUGUAGAUGUGUAAUACAAGGUCAGUCCGUUAUACGACCGAGCUUAAGUUGGCAGAUUGAGUCUGAGUGCGUUUUCCCUUUUGUCUAAACACUACAGAAGAUUGUCUGCUGCUGGCCUGUCAAGUGUUUCACCAGGUGCUGUCCUGUUCCCCUGUCUGGUUUUCUUUCUGUUUUGUUUUUUAGCUAGGGGAUUUGGAAAGAAGGUUGAAUGAGAUGAAAAGCCAAACUUUCAAAAUAAAAAUAAAAAUCCCCGUGUUUAGUAGGACUCGAUUUGAAAAUGCACCGUAUGUACAUAUGAAUGUUGUUUUAGAUUGUGAAAAGAGCAUGAUUUUUUUAUGUCUCAAAGAAAAAAAAUCCUUUAUUGAUAUUAUUAUUAUUAUUAUGAAAUAUUUUAUUGUUAAUUUUGUACAUCUGUAUUUUAGUUUUAUUAAUUUAUAUCACGGCCCAACUGACGUUUUAUCCCUCUUCUGGAUAAAUGAAAAGUGACGCUUUUUCUCGGCGAGAUGAAACACUACAAAACGAAUCAAUGUUUUACCUCAGACUUCCACUCACAGCGUUCAAAAAAAGUGUAGCACGACUGACAACAUGGUGCGGCGUUACAACUCCUGCUCCUGGGAAUCGACCAGCAGCUUUUCGCUCUUCAGCUUUUCUCUCAGACACACUUUCGACAGCGAUUCUUCUCAACUCUCCACCAUCGAGUGAAUGUCUCCACUUUACCAAAACACUCCAUUUUGAGGUGCGAGGCGAGCAGCUGUAUAACUGUUGUGCUGGACAUGCCAUUUUUCUGUCCACUUUUCUCUUGAGUAUUUAACGCAUUCAGGGCCUGAUCAGACGUAAUUGUUACAUAAUGUACAGAUGAAAUUUUAUGCUACUACUCCCCUCAAAUAAAGUAUAGUGACUGCUCUCAAA